AUAUAAAAUGGUUGAACGUGGGGAUCUUUAGGGAUACCGUCAUUUCAUUUGCAGCCACCUGAGUUAGAAGUUACCAGAGAUUUGAUCGAAAAGAUGAUUUACGAUGUCAACUCCGUUCUCUUCAAAUCCUUCCUGAGCUCGAAGUUCUCUACCGACAAAAGGAGAGGCGAGGACAAGCCAAGAGAACAGAAGCCCAAAGCCAGCGACAACAAGCCUGUGAUGAAUGAAUAAGAUUUAUCCUUUGUUUUGUAACCUUUUUAUGUUCUGAAAACAUUUUCAGUUUCAAUGGUUCAUCUUUAGUUGUUACGCU